CUUGAACUUGUAGAUGGCGAUGCUUCAAAUGUUCCUGUAAGAUGGUUGACAAGUGUGCUCUCUGAAUUAAACACAUUGGUGAUGCCCAACAACAAGAUUGUAGUUGUCACCGUUUUGGGAGUCCAGAGUUCAGGAAAGUCCACCCUGCUGAACACCAUGUUUGGAGUUCAGUUUGCUGUUAGCAGUGGAAGAUGUACCAGGGGUGCUUUUAUGCAGCUUAUUAGAGUACACAGUGAUUUUAAAGCAGAACUCAACAACUGUGACUAUAUACUGAUAAUUGAUACUGAGGGACUGAAAUCCCUUGAGCUUGCACAACUAGACAACAGCUAUGAGCAUGACAAUGAGUUAGCAACUCUUGUUGUUGGAUUAAGUGAUGUAACAAUGAUCAACAUUGCCAUGGAGAACUCCACUGAAAUGAAAGACAUCUUACAGAUCGUUGUGCAUGCCUUCCUCAGGAUGAAGGAAAUCGGUAAAAGGCACAAGUGUUUGUUUGUACACCAGAAUGUUGCAGAUGUCUCAGCCCAUGAUUCAAACAUGAGAGGUCGUAAAUUUCUGCUAGAUCAGUUGAAUGAAAUGACACAAGCUGCUGCCAAAAUGGAGAACAAGUUGGAAUUCAAUAAAUUUACAGAUGUGAUGGAGUAUGACACUGACACUGGUGACCACUACAUUCCGGGACUGUGGCAUGGAAACCCUCCAAUGGCACCAGUGAAUACGGGCUAUAGUGAAUCAGUGUAUGCUCUUAAAAAACAAAUAAUGGAGAUCUUUAAACAUAACAACAAGCCCGGCUACAUUAAUGAAUUUCUUGAAUGGACCACAAGCUUGUGGAAUGCUGUGAAAUUUGAGAAAUUCAUCUUUAGCUUUAGAAAUAGCCUGGUGGCUGAUGCGUACAUGAAACUUUGCAUGGAGUACAACAAAUGGGAGUGGGCAUUAAGAAAGCAAGUGCACACAUGGGCAUUAGAAGCUGAAACCAAAAUCCUGAACCAUGGAAAAUUUGACACAUCUGAGAAGCUCAACAUUGAAGUGAAGUAUGAUUUGGAAUCAGAAGCAGAUGCUAAGCUUACAAAAGGAGAAAAGGAAAUUAUUGACAAGAUCACGUCAUACUAUGAACAAGGAGAGGGUCAUGUUGAACUUGUUGAACGUUACCGACAAGAUUUUAUUAAUUCUGCCACGUCUCUGAAGAAAGAGCUUUUAAAUUUGAUAUCAACCAAACUGGAUGCAGCUCUUUCUCGUCGAAAUGGUAUGAUCAAGGUGGAGGGGAUUAAAAAGACAUACAUGGAUACAAUGGAGAAGAAAGUGUUAGACUUGCUUGAGGAUUGCCGCAAAACUAAGUCACAUAUGUCAGAUGCUGCACUGGAUAAAGCAUUCCAAAAUAUGUGGCUGGAGAAAGUCAAGACACUGCCAAUUUUGGGUCAACAAACACAAAAUAUCGUGUCGAGAGUUUUAUCUCAGUUGAGAAAAAAUCUUGAUGCCCGAGGAAGUGCAAUGGCACAGAGUUUAGACACAGUGACUGAUUUAAAUACACAUGGCCAUGAGAAAUUUGUUGUUUCCAAAGGCAACUUUUUUACCAACUUUAUUGGCUAUCAUAACAAAUGGAUCAAAAGGGCUCAAAAUAUGGUAGACACCCUCAUUAAUGAUUGCAGGCAAUUUGUUGAAGAAAAGAAGGAAAGUAGGGAUGAUUAUGAUGACACAUACAUCAGAGAAGUUCUUAACAUGAUUGAUGACAAACUUAAGGCUCAUGAAGAUCUUAAGGUGAAUGAACAAUCUGAACUGUCCCUAAAACUUCACAUAUGCGGCUUUGCAAGCCGAGACUUUCAAGAGAUUCACAAUCAAUUCAUCCUGGACAACGACCCACUAAAAGCCUUGGAAAAGCACAAAGAAACAUACCGUAGUGACUUCAUAGACCUUUUUCAUGAAAGAGACCAGUGUCAGAAGAAAGCGGACGAAUUCACAAAAACCUGCCUAAAACCUGCCAUAGAAAAAUAUAGGUCUAAGGUCCUGGGCAGACAAAUGGCAGAUAAAAUGUUGCUUGGUGAAAAUUCCCAGGUUUUCGGAUCACGUAUUCUAUUUCAGAAUUCGGUCUUAAAAAGUCUCAUUGAAGAAUUCCAUUUUAAUAGAUAUGUGGAUUUUAUUGAGUUUUAUGAGGUGUUUGUAAAAGACUUUAUUCUUGACAAAGUCGUAAAGUACUUUUCAGCAGAGAAAAGAAUGUUACAACUGGAGGAAAAGCUCAUGGAUGUAGUCAUCAGUGAAAUAAACCAAGCCAUUGAAAACACAGAGAAAAAUCAAGACAUGAAAGGAUUUAUCCAAAACAUUUGCAGUAAACUUAAACACAGGCUUGAUUUACCCAAGGAUGCUGUGGACAGAAUCAGUUCACUGACCAAUGUGAAUACGAAGAACAUUACAGAGUGUCUUAAAUACUCUGUGAAUGAGAUGGUUACGUCAAUGAAAGCACGUUUUCAAGGAGAUAUUAAGCGUAAAUUGAAGGAUCUACAAGAAGAACCACAGGAUGUGCUGUUCAAGCGAGUGCAGGGCUGUGGGAAACAGUGUCCAUUCUGUAAAGCGCCAUGUGAGGCUGGAGGAGAAGACCACGCUAAACACUUCCUCUCAAUCCACAGGCCAGAGGGUCUUGGACACUACCGUGAUUCUGAUUCAGGAAAAUUGGUGACUGACAUCUGUACGUCAUCGGUGCACAGCUGCCAAUCAUUCAAGUGCCAUGAAACCAAAGGGCAGUGGCAUCCAUUUAGUAAGUACAGAGAAAUCUAUCCAGACUGGACAAUUGAUCCAGACUCCAGCAUAGAAGCCUUUGUAUACUGGAAAUAUGUGAUGACACAGUUUAAUGAGCAGCUUGCUGAAAGGUACAAUGCAAAGCCUGCAGACAUACCCUCAGCCUGGAAAAGCAUUACUAAAUCUCAAGCAGAGGAAAGCUUAAAGUAAAUCUAAACUUGUACCUCUGGCAUCUAUACAAAACCGUUUAGUUCACGAUGGCAAGAAGGACAUUUUGGCCACUUAACAUCUAGAUAGAAAUAAGCAUCAACUAUAAGAAUAGAAAAACUAAAACAUGUUUGAUUGCAUGUCAGACUCUCAAAAGUUGCAUGUAGUAGUUAAUGUAUAAGAGAACAGUGAAGUGCUGUCACAUGCAUAUCACAAGCCUAAACAAAAUAACAAUAGAUGUAAAGAUGUAAUUUUGCAUGCACUUUUAAUGCUAUCUAAAGAAAUUAAUGUUUCUUCCACUUAAACAAAAAAUGUAACCUAAAGUAACUUGCUGUAAAAAUGUUGCUGCAUGUUGUAUAUGACAGAAUUUUACAUUCUGUUUGUCAGCUAUACAUUUACUUUUUACAUUUGUCAUCCUGCCAGAAUUUCCUUUUUAAAUUUCUCUCUUGACACACAUUUUAACAACCUUGUUAUAUUUAUUAGUCAUAUGGAAUACAAGUUUGCUUUGUUAUGCUAAAUCUUUUAAGAGUAACUUUAUUGACACUGAACAUAAACAGUCAUGAGCUCGUGUAUACUCAAUAUUGUCUUAGCAUGGUAAUGUGGUAAACAGAUUUGGCUUGCUGCCCGCUACGCUCCCUAUACCCUAUAAGCUAUUGAUAAUUCUAUAGGUAAAAACAGGAGAAAUGGGGCACGAGGGAUCUCGGAAUCAGUAGAGGCUACAGUACUUUUCUGAGUAUUAGAAUACUCAGGUAUAUAUAUAAUAGGUAUACUCCUCCUGAACUUAGUUUAUUCAUUUCAUUCAAUGUUAAAAAUUAUGAUAACCCUGUUUGUGAUUUGUAACCAUUUAGAAUUAAAUGUUUGAAAAUGUCAUGCCUUUGUCAGCAACAUGCAAUAAAGUAUUGC